AUGCACUUGCGAUGCGUUCAGAGUGGUAUCAAUAUUGAUAGAGAAACAGUGCGCCAUCUGUUAGGAAUACUUGACCCGGAAGGCGUUCAACAAAGGGCAAGGAGACGGCUUCAGAGACGCAGAUAUCACGUAAGCGGUCCCAAUUUCCUGUGGCACUUGGACUCUUAUGAUAAACUAAAACCCUAUGGCAUUUGUAUAAAUGGCUGCAUUGACGGGUUUUCCAGGAAUGUGCUUUGGGUAGAAGCUUACGUAACAAAUAGCGAUCCUAGUGUCAUUGCUGGUUAUUAUGUGAGAACAGUACGGGCCAAAAUGGGAUGUCCAAGAGUAAUUCGGGCCGACUUAGGAACUGAAAAUGGUACAGUUCGACAAAUGCAACACUUCAUGAGAACCAAUUUCCAAGAUGCGUUUGCAGGAGACAGGAGUUUUCUUCAAGGUACCAGUCAGCACAAUCAGCGCAUCGAAUGUUGGUGGAGUGUGUUUCGGAAACACUGCACACAGUACUGGAUGAACUUAUUUGAAGAACUGAAAGAUGAUGGUCAUUUCAGUGGUGAUUUUCUGGAUACAUCUUUAAUACAGUUGUGCUUCAUGAAUCUAAUCCAGGAUGAUAUUGACACUACCGUGAAGGAGUGGAACUGUCACAGAAUAGCUUCAUCAAGAAAUCGACAUGGCCCAUUCGGUCGACCUAUGGUGAUGUACACGGUGCCCCAACUGUAUGGAACGCAAGAUUAUCUUGUUCCUGUGCAACAUGAUGAAGUAGAAGUAUGUGAAACCGAGUGUCAAUUUAAAAGCCGAUUUCCAUGUGACAAGGAUGUGUUUAAUCUGUGCACUCUUCUGAUGAAUGAAGCAGGUAUUGAUAAGCCAAGUAAUGCCGACCAAGGACUCCAUCUAUAUCAUUUCCUUAGAACAACAAUACUGCGACAAAUAUAACAUUAAUCAUGCAGGCACAAGGUAUUGUAAGACUUCGGUUUGUUAAAAUAGGCCGUAAUCUGUACUGUUUUGAUGACAAGGGACAGAAAUAUCAAGAUUGAAAAAUUAAUAUUAAAAAAAAGUAUAGCACGGCAUGGUUUACUCUGUUAUUUUUUUUAAAAAUUCAUUAUGUUAAACCCAACAGACAGCCCCCUGCCCCCCAAAAAAAACAAACACAAACAAUGACUCCAUUUUUUUGUUCAGCUGGGUCAUCUGGACCAAUUCCAAGACCGUGGAGAGCGAAGGUUCGUUUAUCAGUGGAUUUGUCUUCUAUGAAAGUGAAAUAGAAAUUAUAGCGGGGUAUCGCUCGCAAAAGUGUGUUUGGAAUCCGUGGGGGGUCAAAAUCCCAAAUUCCCAACGUCGGCCAUUUUGAAAAUUGUUUCUUUUUCAAUGGUUUGGCCCACAGUGCUACAAUAUAAUUGUUUCUGGGGUUUAGGGGUACAGGAAUUCAUAUUUGAUGUCGAUUUGAUGAUUUGACCUUUUGUUGACCUUCAAAUUAAAGAUGGCCGCCGAGUUUUAGCUCACAAAGGUAAAUCAACUAGUAUGGACAGGUACUCAUCCAGGGUUUUGCUGUUUGCUCGGACCUAAAACAACACAGGGUGAAUGGAUUGUGAUAAUGGAAAUGAAACAGUCCUAGGUUAGACACCCUUUAAGCAUUAUUAUUUUGUCUAAUGUUAUAUGGCAAUUUCUAUUUUGUGGCGUGCAGUUUUUCUUGUGGAUGUGUUUUUCAAAGUAAUGUAUUGCCUAAAUUGACGGUAAUAAAAGAGGGGAGAGAGAGAGACAGAAAAAAAACUUUUGUCAUUUAAAUUUGUCUUAUCACUGGUGUCAUUGUUAUAUUUCUUCAACAUACUCCCAUCAUCAUUUUUUUUUUGAGAGUUACAAGUAGUCUCCACAAGUUUAUCC